GGCGAAAAACCCAAAAAUGAUUCGUUUACCGCGUCGUGAUGUCUUCGCACCGUUUAAAUGGCGACUCUGUCGGCAUUACUGUAGCGCCAAUCAGGAACAUAUGAGCAAGGAUCCGCCAGAGAUAAAGCAAGUGCUUGAACUGAAUCCACAUGUUCAGAAAAACUGUACCGUACUGCCGACAUCUGUGAUCAAGGAACAGCGGAAGUGUUGGAUGCGAGUUCGCGAACGGGCGCUACAGGAACGGCCAUCUCUGCUAAACAACUUCGAGGAUGUAAAGGUUCGCACAUUGUCGGAACGGGCCGCACUCAAGGAGGCCGCCCGCUGCCUUAAGUGUGCUGAUGCGCCUUGCCAGAAGGCCUGUCCCACUCAGUUGGAUAUUGCAAGCUUCAUCUGUUCGAUUGCCAAUAAGAAUUAUUAUGGGGCGGCCAAGGCCAUUUUCUCAGAUAAUCCGUUGGGUCUGACCUGCGGCAUGGUGUGUCCGACCAGUGACUUGUGCCAGAGCAGCUGCAAUCUCCAUGCCACAGAGGAGGGGCCCAUCAACAUUGGCGGACUGCAACAGUUUGCCACCGACGUGUUCCGACGCAUGGGUGUGCGUCAAAUCCCUUCGCCGCAGGCAAGUAAGCUGAAGAAUUCGGACAAGAAGAUUGCGCUGGUGGGAAGUGGACCGGCCUCUCUGUCCUGUGCCAGUUUUCUGGGUCGCUUGGGUUACAAAGACAUAACCAUAUAUGAAAAGGAUGAGUUUUCGGGCGGACUGUCUGCAUCGGAGAUACCGCAGUUUCGUCUGCCCAUCGAGGUGGUCAGGUUUGAGGUGGAGCUGGUCAAGCAACUGGGCGUGAAGUUUGAGCUUGGUCGGCAGCUGCGAUGUGGCGAUCUAACGGUAACUAAACUGCUGGCCGAUGGCAACGAAGCGAUCUUUCUCGGACUGGGUCUACCCGAGCCCGUUUCCAAUCCCAUCUUCAAGGAUCUAACAGCAGAAAUGGGCUACUAUUCCUCCAAAACAUUCUUACCAGAGGUGUCGCGCGCCUCCAAGCCGGGCAUCUGUGCGGGUUGCAAGAAAAAGAAGACAGAGCUGCCAAAGUUGGAGGGAACUGUGGUUGUCAUUGGCGCCGGAGAUACCGCCUUCGACUGUGCCUGCUCGGCACUGCGUUGUGGCGCCAAACGAGUCUAUGUGGCCUUCAUGACCGGCACCUCUUAUAUCCAUGCCGUGCCCGAGGAGGUCGAGCACGCCGUGGUCAAUGAACAUGUGGAACUGUUGCCCUACAUGCUGCCCACGAAAAUUGUUGUGUGUGAUGACAAGAUUGCCGGUGUGGUAUUCAAUCGAACCACUCAGGACAGCAAGGGGAAUCUGCUUAAGAUAAAGGGAGAGACUGCAAGCAUUCAGACGGACUAUGUGAUUUCAGCUUUCGGAUCCGCGCUGGGCACCGGCGAGGUGAAGGAUGCGCUCUUUCCACUCGAAAUAGACAAGUCGAACCGUGUGAAGGUGGACAAGAUGACGCUGGCCACCAGCGUGCCGAAGGUAUAUUGCGGUGGGGACUUGGCCGGAAUUAGCGGCACUGUUGUGGAGGCCGUCAACGAUGGCAAGGUGGCCGCCUGGAACAUGCACCUGCAGCUACAGGAAAAGAAGCCGGGCAGUGAGCCACCCAUGUUGCCACUUUUCUACACGGAAAUUGACAAGGUAGACAUAUCCGUUGAGGUGGAUGGCCUAAAGUUCCUGAAUCCCUUCGGCUUGGCCUCAGCACCACCCACAACGAGUCCAGCGAUGUGCCGUCGUGCCUUUGAAGAGGGUUGGGGCUUUGUGGUCACCAAGACGGCGGUGCUGGAUAAGGAUGAGGUGACAAACAUCUCGCCGCGCAUUGUCAGUGGCACCACCUCGGGCUAUCACUAUGGUCCGCAUCAAGGUGCGUUCAUGAAUAUUGAGGUUAUAUCGGAGAAGAAGGCCGAGUAUUGGUUCUGCGCCAUUUCGCAGCUGAAGAAGGAUUUCCCAAAGCAUAUUGUUAUCUGCAGCAUCAUGUGCGCCCACAAUGAAGAGGAUUGGACGGAGCUGGCCAAGGCGGCCGAGGCAUGUGGGUCGGACGCCCUCGAACUUAAUCUUUCCUGUCCCCAUGGCAUGGGUGAAUCAGGUCUAGGCCUUGCAACUGGCCAGGAUCCGGCAAUUGUUGCCGAUAUAGUGCGUUGGGUUCGCAGUGCUGUCCAAUGUCCUUUCUAUGUUAAAUUAACGCCAAACAUUACGGAUAUUGUGAACAUCGCGAUGGCUGCAGAGAAGGAAUGUGCCAAUGGCGUCACAGCCAUCAAUACCGUCUCCACUUUGAUGAAUUUACGUGCAGAUGCCACACCUUGGCCGGCUGUGGGCAAAGAGCAGCUAACCACCUAUGGUGGCAUGUCCGGGAGUGCAGUUAGGCCCAUGGCCUUACGGGCUAUCUCGGCCAUAGCCAAGAAGCUGCCAAAUAUCACUGUGGUGGGCACGGGCGGGGUUGAGUCGGGCGAGACGGCUUUACAGUAUAUACAUGCAGGCGCUUCCAUUUUGGAGAUUUCCUCGGCAGUUCAGAACCAGAACUAUGCCGUAAUCAGCGAUUACUGCUCUAGCUUGCGGGCGCUACUCUAUCUGAAGGCUAACCCGCCCCCGGGGGAUGGCAAAUUUUGGGAUGGACAAUCGCCCCCGCAACCAUUGCACCAGAAAGGCAAGCCCACGACACCGGUAAAGAGUGAAAAGGGUCAGGCACUGGGCUACUUUGGGCCCGAGCUGUGGCAGCGCGAGGCACAGCUGGACAAGAUGCGUAAAGAGAAGGGUCCCAUCGUUGAUGCACCAAAACCGUCAGCUGAUGAAAAGCAACAACCGGCAGAUGAAUGCCAGAAACCAAAGCCAGCACCCAAGCUGAAAGAUGUUCGCGGAGCGUCCCUCAAAUAUAUUGGCACCUACAUGAGUCUCGAUCCCAAGCAGCAAAAGGUGGCACUGAUCAAUGAAGAUCUGUGCAUCAAUUGUGGCAAGUGUUACAUGACCUGUUGCGAUACCGGCUACCAGGCCAUCACUUUCGACAAGAAGACCCACAAGCCCCUGGUCGGAGAUGAUUGCACCGGCUGUUGCCUCUGCUAUUCCAUUUGUCCCAUCAUCGACUGCAUCAGCAUGGUGCCCAAGCAGAUUCCACAUGUCAUCAAUCGCGGCAGCACCAAGCAGGUCCUCGAGCAGGCUUCGGACAAAAAGUAAACCGGAAAAGUCGUUGAAUAAUACUUGUAUGCUAAGGUUCCAUAUUUUGGGUAGAUUGUUGCUAAAAAAUUCGUUUGUUUUGCGUUUCAUAGAGUCGAUCUUUUGAUCUGAAAUAAAAUCGUCUUUAUUUAGGAAA